UCACUCUCUCUGAUGUAAGUAGUAAGAGAUAGCAAGCAUAUACAGAGUACUGUCUAAUUCACAAGAAGCUAGAGAGACCAUUUUUUCAACACCCCAAUCAAAUCUCUGAACAAUGAAGGACUCCGUCGCCGCCGGGGAAUACAAUAGCUCCGCCAACGGCACCCACCAUUAUGUCCGGAGGGUCAUGCUAAUGAUCAUUGUUUUCCUUAUUGGGUAUGCUGUGUUGGUGAUGUUUCUCUACAACUCUUCUUCUCCCCAUGAAUUCCCAACCAAUAUCUCACGCUACAGGUAUGAGAACUAUACUGUAAAGAAAGAGACAAAGCUAGAGAAGGUUCUCAGAAAGGCAUCCAUGGAGCAGAAGACAGUGAUAGUCACAUCUUUAAAUGAUGCAUGGGCACAGCCUGGUUCCAUUUUUGAUCUCUUUCUUGAGAGUUUUCACGUAGGAGGGAACCAGACAUUGAAGUUUUUAAAGCACUUGGUGGUAAUAACAUGGGACCAAAAUUCACAUACUCGUUGCAAGUCUGUGCACAAACAUUGUUAUCAGAUUGAAACUAACAAUAUCACCAGUGAAGCAUUUUUCAUGACACCACACUAUCUACACAUGGUGUGGAGAAAAAUUGAGUUUCUUGGUGAGAUCCUUCAAAUGGGGUACAACUUUAUUUUCACGGAUAGUGAUAUAAUGUGGCUUAGAGAUCCCUUUAGAUAUUUUUAUAAAGAUGCAGAUUUCCAAAUUUCUUGUGAUUCUUUCAAUGGAAACUCCUCUGACAUGGAGAACUUGCCAAAUUCUGGUUUUAGCUAUGUAAAAUCUAAUGAAAGAACUAUUUGGUUCUACAAUUUCUGGUACAACUCUAGUGAAGAAGGUUUGAAAACUCAAGAUGUUCUCAACAAGAUCAAACUGGAUCCCCUUGUUUCAGAGAAGAAGUUGACGAUUAGGUUCCUCAGCACACGUUUUUUUGGAGGGUUUUGUGAGCCUAGCAAGGAUUUUAGGAAGGUCUCAACAAUGCAUGCCAAUUGUUGUAUUGGUUUACAAAACAAAGUCAAUGAUCUCAGGCUUUUGCUUGAGGAUUGGAGGAAGUAUAUGGCAUUACCUAAACAUGAGAAAAAAAUAGCACAUCCUUCCUGGAGCGCCUUGACGAUACAUACAACAGAUGCUAUGAAGGAGUCACGCAUAUCUGGCAUUCUGGCAUCACUUAGUACAUUGCAACAUAGAAGGAUGGACUUUGAUGAGUUCUGUGCAGCUGCGCUUAGUGUUCAUCAACUUGAAGUACUUGCUGCACACUGGGAGCAACGUUGCGCCAUGGUUGUCUAG